AUGUUCAGCUGGUUAAGGGGAUCACAACAAAAUAAAGAAAAUACUACAAAGACGCCACAAAAUAUGGCGGUCGAGAAAGGAGUCGCUGAGAACCCAAUUGAAUUAACAACGUACCACGAAAACUGUACAGUUAAUAAUAUCGAGGAAAAAGACUUCCACCGAAUUUUUAAGUACCUUUCAGUACACGACUUGGUCAAUUGUAGGCUGGUCUGUAGAAUGUGGAAGGACAUGACAAAGAGUAUUAGUGAGUUGGUGGUGACAGAACCAAACCCAAAACUGUCUUUGUUGUUCAGAGAUGUUAAGAAACUGACUGUAGACCCUUUGGCGACUAUGGACUGCGCUGGACUUGUCACGCGUCUUAUUAAUUUGACGUCGCUGAAGUGUGGAAAAAUCAAUCAAGCCUGUUUGGAACAACAGAUUCAAUUGAAACAACUGGAAUGUCCCGGCGUUGUCCCCCCUUUUGGUGUUGAAAGUAUUUGCACAAACAAUAUGGAGAAACUUGGGAUGUAUAAUUCACUCACUGCACUUGAAUUGGUGAACGUGUCGGAUAAGGAAAUUACUUCCUUUGUGAAAUUGGGAAGACUGACGUCUUUGAGGAAACUGUCGAUUGCGUCGAAAAAUUUUGUGGGGAAAAUUGAAACGUUUGUCGACAUCAGUCACUUGACCUCACUUGAAAUAUCGGAUGCUCCACUGGGAAGCGAAUUUUUCUAUAAUUUGUACCUCUUCCCUUAUUUGGUGUUCAUUGGCUUCACUAGAUGCCAGUUGCCUGUUUCUGGCAUAUCACCACAAACUCCAUUAUCGCAACUCUCGACAACAGAUGGCUUCAUUUAUAUUGUCGGAUGUAAUUCAUUAAGGUAUUUGUACUUGAACGAGAGUCAAGUUUCGAAUUAUCAUCUUGAUGUUAUUGCUCGAAUGGAGAAUUUGAUUGGACUAUCAUUAAAAGGAUGUGCGUCUGUUAAUGAUUACUCGUUGAAUGCAUUUAAGAAUGGACCUAUAAGUUACUCAUUGGAAGAAUUAAACGUGGAGGAUACGAUGAUCACACAUAUUGGACUGCAAACGAUUUCACGGAUUAAGUAUUUGAGAGUGUUGGACAUAUCGAGGUGCAUUGGAAUCAAAAUAAUUUCUCCGUUAAAUUCACUCAAGAACUUGGAAAUACUGCGGAUGACUGGCAUUGCGGUCAAUGCAGAAACGAUUAAAGACUCCUUCAGAGAACCACCGAAGUACUUGCAACAAUUUUUGUUUGAGAGUCAACCCAUAGACGACCCAAUACUCACUGUGUUUUGCAGCAAAUUCCCGACACUCGAAUAUUUGUGUUUGAAAGGAAGUAAAAUAACAUCAUUUGGUAUUCAGGAUUUGGUCAUAUUGUCGCAUAUCAGAGUGCUUGAUAUAUCGAACACUGCGGUUGAUGAUAAAUGUUUUGAGUUCAUAUCGAAGUUGACAUAUUUAGAGGCGUUAUAUCUCGAGAAGUGUAUGAAGAUCAGUGGAGAGGGAAUUAACGUGUUAUCAACCCUUGGAAGUCUGCGGGUGCUCAACAUGAAUGGGUGUGCCGAAGUUGUUAUCGAUUCUUUGAAAGAGAUGGGAGAGCUUUCUGUGGAGACUUUGAGACUGAAUGGAUGCAACAAAAUUGGAGGAAAAUUCGUGUGGAAAUAUUUGAGUGAAAUUGAACAUUUGAAGCGUCUAGAUUUGUCGAAUACAUCUGUUGAUGAUGAUGGCGUUGAGGAAAUGGUCAACUGUAAAUGGCUAGAAGUGCUUUAUUUGAUACGUACGAAAGUGAGCGACAAGGCAAUUACAAGUCUCUUGAAAUGCAAUUUGCUCCGAAAAAUCGAUGUGAGAGAGUCGAACGUAGUGAAUGACUUUCUUUCCAACUGUAUUGUAAUAACAAAAAGUCCCGAACGUGUUGCAGAAAAUCCACUCCUUGUAGUCAAAGAUGUUCCCAUUGAGAACAACAAAGAAGACAAAGAAAGUGACGAUGAAAGUUCAUCAUCAUCUGAGAGUAGCGAAGACAGUGACGAUAUUCCAGUGAAACCCGCAAAGAUUGAAAAGGUCGAGAAGACUGAUAAUAUGGAAAGCAUAUAA